AGUUGAUACCAAAUCCAUAUCCGAAUUUAGAUGAACUCAAAUUUCCACAAUAUGUUUGAAUAAGGAGUAAAACUCAAUCUCCGCCCAUAACCACGAAUCACUCGGUACUACUGGAAAUCAAAACCCUAAUGGAAUCAGGGGUAACAAACACAUCGGAUCCAAAUUUCGGGCUGAGGACCUACAUAUCACCUCUGAAAUGGCUAUUUCUCGAUCACUCCAGCUUGUGGCGGGCCGGGCUCUCGUGGUCCAUCUUCUUCGUGCUCAACAUCUGCGUUCCAAUUGUUUCUCACUUUCUGUAUUCCUGCUCAGAUUGUGAUCCGGCUCAUCAGAGGCCUUUUGAUGCAAUUGUGCAGCUUUCCCUCUCAUCAUUCGCAGCUAUUUCUUUCUUCUGUCUCUCUUCUUUUGCUCGGACUUAUGGCUUUCGGAAGUUUCUGUUUCUCGACAGAUUGGGUGAUGAGAGCGACAAGAUUCAACAGGGCUAUGCUCAGCAGUUCAACAGAUCAAUGAAACUCUUGUUGGCUUUUGUUCUCCCAUGUUUCCUUGCUGAUAGUGUCUACAAAAUAUGGUGGUUCAGCACAGUGGGAACUCAUAUUCCUUAUUUUUAUAACAUAUACUUGAGCAAAGCUGUUAUGUGCACGCUCUUAAUGUGUUCGUGGCUGUAUCGGAUCUCAAUCUGUUAUGUUGUAUGUAUUCUCUUCCGCCUUACAUGCUAUCUGCAAGUACUCAAACUGGAGGGCUAUGCUCAGGUCUUUAAGAGAGAAUCUGAUGUUGCUUCUAUCUUGACCCGACAUCUAAGAAUCAGAAGAAAUCUCCGGGUCAUAAGUCACCGAUUUAGACGCUUCAUCUUGUUGACUCUGAUCACUGUUACGAUGAGUCAGUUUAUUUCCUUGCUUGUUACACUCGAACCAAGCUCUAGGGUUGAUAUUUGCACAGCUGGAGAACUCGCGUUAUGUUCAAUCACGCUGGUGACAGGGCUUUUCAUCUGCCUGCGCAGUGCAGCAAAGAUAACGCAUAAAGCUCAGGCUAUUACAUCACUUGCUGCAAAGUGGCAUGCCUGUUCCACGAUGAGUUCAUUGGAUGAGAUGUAUGAUGAAACUCCUCGAGCUCAGAAUUCUUCAAUCGGGACAGUGUAUCCGGUCACUCUUGACUGGGACUCAGAUAAAGAAGGAGACGAAGAUGAUGAACUGAAUGAUACAAGCUCGGUGCAUAAUUAUGCAAAUACUAUAUCGUACCAGAAGAGGCAAGCUCUAGCAAAAUAUUUUGAACACAACAAAGCCGGAGUUUCAGUGUAUGGCUUUGUGCUGGACAGGACCCGUCUCCACACUAUUUUUGCCGUUCACCUUUCUCUCACACUCUGGAUAUUGAACAAGACGAUUGGUGUCUCGUAAGCUGUAUUGAGCCAUCAGGUAUUUAGUCCCUGUAUAGAUAUAUCUGUUUACUGGGAUUUUGGCACGCCAUGUCACUACUCUGUAGUAUGAGCCCCUGAGUUUUAUCUGUAAACUUUACCGGCAUGUUUAUGUUGUGGUUUCGGUUUCUGUA